AUGUCUCACCACAAAGGGAAGAAGAACCCAGCAAAAGCGGAGAAGCACAAUUUUUUCCAGCAAAAACCGCACUCAGCAGCAUCGGGCCUACAAAACACCACACCAGAUAGCGAUGAAGGCUCCGAUGACGAGAGCAUUGCUCAAAAUCAUCCGGAACCCGGAGAAGCCUUAACAAAGGGCUACCUGGCUCAAGCAUUAGAAGCCCUCUCGCAAAAGCUAAUAGGUUCCUGGAAAAACUCCAUGGACUCUCUCCGUAGAGACGUCCAGGAGAUAGGGAAAAGAACAUCACACAUAGAAUCCAAGAUGGAGGAAGACGCAGCAGCACAUAACGACUUGGCGACCCACGUGGAAAGCCUGGAAGAAAAACUGCUACUCACUGAAUCCAAACUGGCGGAUAUGGAAGAUAGGUCGCGGCGAAACAAUCUGCCGCUGAGGGGGGUACCCGAGUCAGUGUUCCCAGCCGUUCUACAAGAAUAUGUAAGAGGCCUGCUACGAGCCUAUGCUCCCAAAAUCCCAGCUGAUAUGCUAUUGUUGGAGAGGGUGCCCCGAGUGUCGAGUCCAUGCCACCUUCCUGACUCCUCACCAAGGGAUGUCCUACUGCGUGCACACUAUUAUCAUGUCAAAGAACACAUCUUACACGCCAGCAGGAACAAACCGAAGCCGCCAGAGGACUAUGCUGCAGUAAAGAAUCUUCUCUGA